GUUGCGAGUACGCUGCAUGUAUAUCGAUGACGUAUCAAUGUCACGAAACGCGGAUCUUCUAGCUUCACUUUCUGUCCUUACCUUUCACGUCUGUAGCAAUGCACUGGACUAAUCCCAACUCCUAUGCACCUCGUGUAGCGCUUUCACAUAGGCUAAGCUUUACCUCAAUCUUGUAUCUUUAUCUUACUACCGUAGUCUCCGCUAUGGCGUCCUUCUCCACUACUACCUUGACCUACGACGAAGUCCGAGCAGCAAUGAAGAAGCCCCUUACUGCUGAAGGAAAAAAAAACUACCGCGGGAUUACGGAUUCAGCAAUGACUGGACUGAGAUAUGACGAGCUCUUUGGAAUCAACACUGCCGAGCAGCUAAUCGUCGCCGAAGCACAUGGAAGACAGGCCACUCCAUCCGACGACCCCGACAACCUCUACCUUUUCUCCGCCGGCCAUGGUCUCGCAGCAAGAUUUAACCCAUUGUAUCGACAAAAGACCCUAGACUCGCAGUCAACUGUGCCAGAGGCGAUUCGUACUACCUCCAUCUCGAACCGAACCACGAUAGAGGAGAUACACAAUCUAUACCUUAACAUGCCGGCGACGUCUGGAUCUGAUGGUGAAGAAGAGCAAUUGAGCAUGGUGGCCAGCGAUUUUCUGAUUUGGUGGAACGGAUUGAUCGCAGAGUCCCAAGGACUUGAUCGUCGACAAUGGGGCCCACAAGCGCAAAGGAUAAAAGUUCAAGACCAACCACCGCUAUGAGGUAGGGCUCACACAUCGAAAGUCAAUUCAUGAAGGGGAAUAUCGAACGUACAGGAAGAAACAUAGGGCUGUCAUAUUCGAUUUGCUCAAGUUUUAGACAAUUG